AUGAAGGAACCUGUGGCAACCACUCCAGUGCGGAAGCUCUGGUCUGAAAGCUUAUCAGAGCCGGGUAUUACUGGAAUCAGAUGGAUGAAGACACGAGAAACUUUGUCCGAAAGUGUGACGGGUGUCAGAGAGAUUGGUUUUUUGGUAUGUUUUUCUGCUAAUGUCAAAUCCUUCUCCUUCAAUGAAUUGAAAAACGCAACGAGGAAUUUUAGACCUGACAGUCUUCUAGGGGGAGGAGGAUUUGGUUAUGUUUUUAAAGGAUGGAUCGAUGCGCAAACACUUACUGCUUCGAAACCUGGUUCUGGAAUUGUGAUUGUUGUCAAGAAAUUGAAGCCAGAAGGUUUUCAAGGUCACAAGGAGUGGUUGGUGAGGAAAGUUGAUAUGCUUGACGGGGUUACAGUUCUCUGCUCUGAGAAAGUCAAGGAUGAAUUGGUAUUGGAUGGAAGUGACAUCGAACUCGUCUCUCGGUCUGUUGCCCUCAUUAACCAAAAAUGCCAUGUAAAAAACAAAGAUAUCCGUAAGUUUCUGGAUGGUAUCUAUGUCAUCCCUCUAGGGUUUUUGGCUCUCCACAAACAGUAG